AUGGCCACCCGCAACCGAAAAUCUGACACCGCCAACGGCGAGUCCUCGGGGGCCACGAAGGAGCUGGACAGCCAGACGGACUUGAGCGUCGAGGGCACGAUUGCCGCGGCGCUGGCGCCCUCGCAGGUGGAGCGCGAUGAAGUGAAGGUGAACAAUGCGAGUGCGACGGAGAUGAAGCACGCGUGCGACGAUGCGCUCAAACGCUUUCUCUCUCGGCCGGAGCUCUUCAAGCAGAUAUACACACAUACAGACGUACGGCUAGCCCUCGGCUGGGCGAGCGUCUUUGUUGCAGCUGGCACAGGGCUGUACGGCUGGAAAGUUGACUUCGAGAGGAGCAAGCCAGUCGUGUGGGCCGGUGUCAUCCUAUAUAUGAUCCUGACCAGUCUGCAAACGCUUUAUGCAUAUUUUAUCGAAGGGGAUAUCGUUUUCGUCGGAAAGCGGAAGACAUUUGACAAACGGAUUGUAACAGAACGGAUAACCUUGACCUCCGCGACAAAGCCCUCAACACCAUCAACCCCACCCGCGUACGCGCUCACCGUGUCGUACGUGCGCUCCACCUCCGGUGGCAAGUCUCUCCUUGGGCGCGGACGCGCCGCGACGGAGCGAGGCUACAACGCGUUCUUCGACGAGCGCGGCGUCAUGGACCAGGCGGCGUUUGAGCGCUGGGUUGGCCAGCUCGUGGGGCGCGUCAUGGAGAGCAAGGCGGAGUAG